AGUAUGUAGUGUGUGGUCGGAAUGUGUGUAGGUAACCGAAUUGUCAUUUUGUAAAUGUCAUAGUUCGUCAAACAUGACACGAGCAGUAUUAUAUUUUCUUAUAUUUCUUUUCCUCGUGGAUGGAUUAUGUAAAGCUGACAGCCGUAGUUCAAAAGCAAAUUACUAUGGAGAGGGAAGAUCAUACAACAGAGAUCAACAGGGAGGAUCGAAGGUUGAUACACACCAGAAAAAUGCUUCAGGAUCAACGGGGAAGAGUUCUGGAGGUGGCUUGGGUGCAUGGGGCUACAUGGCCAUCAUUCUUACAUUAAGUGGCAUUGGGAUUGGAAUAUACUAUUUCUCUUUGUUUUAUCCGAUCCUGUGUAAGAAAGAGAGAAAAUAUGAUGUAAUGGAGUUGUCUUCUGUGUGAGGAAAUGUCAAAGUGUUUGUGUUUGUGGAUAUUAUCUGUGUUCUGUCAUAAUUAAGAUGCUGAAAUAUGUGAAUUUUCAAAGCUCUUUGUUUGCCCUGCAUUAUAGAUAUCUGUUUAAUUGAUAGAAACUGCAUUACUUUAUUAAUUUUCUGGCAUUCACCUUAUGUUUGAGGUAUAUAAAAUGUUGAUUCAUUCAACUUUGACAUAUGUAGUAUUUGUUAAUAUUACUGGAAAUCUUCCAGAAUAUUAAUCUGUUCUUACAGGGACCUAAGUAUGUCAUGCUGCUAUGCCAUCAUAAGCUGAUCAGAAGUCUCUCCUAACUAGUCUUGGCCAGAUUGCUUUCCAAGCACCUUUGCAGUGUUAUAAAUUGAAGAAUCUCCAUAUUUCUGUUAGAGCUUACAAGAAAUUUCUAUAGAAAUUUUCGUUUUGAAAAAUUUGUUUAUGAAGUACCUGUAUGUACUGUCUUAUGACCAUAUUGAACCUGUUCUCAAAGGAAUCUAAUGCUUUUGAUUAUUGUAAUUUAGGUAAUAACGUAGCAAACUUAUGCAAAAAUGAUGUGACUUGAUUGCAAAGUCUGCAAAUUUUUAAUAAUGAUAUAAACCUUUUAUGCACAACCCAUGGUGCUAGACAUUUUCUCUGCAGUCUGCCGUACUUUCAGUCAAUUGUCUUGUACGUCCAGUGGUUGUUUUCAUAUAUACAGUUGGGUUACUGGUGAUGAGAAUUUUAACAUUCACAUUAACAACAGUAAGGUAAAAUUGACCCUGUGCUUAACUAAUCAAGCACUACGCCAUAAAGGUGUAUGGGGGAGUGGAUGCAUAGAUCCAAAUU